UAUUUGAUUUCAUACGUUUUCCACAGAAAUGAGUCAUCCGCCUACAGUUUCCUGUAUUCCAAACACUGCCAAAAUGUCGAAGGCUAAAAAAGUUAUCGAAGAAGCCAAAGAAAUUAAUAAUCCAGAAAUAGAUCUGGUUGAUAAAGGAAUUUCUAGCUUAGAUGAAAUACCAGGCUUAUUUAGCUUGGAAAAUAUUACAAGAUUAACUUUAAGUCAUAAUAAGCUCCAAGUUGUACCAGCUGGUCUUGCUAACUUGAUGAACUUGGAGAUAUUGAAUCUCACCAACAAUCAUAUUGAAGAACUACCUGUUAGUUUGUCUUCCCUACCAAAACUACGAAUUCUCAAUGUAUCCCUUAAUAGGUUAUAUGCAUUGCCUCGAGGGUUUGGAGCUUUUCCUGUACUGGAAAUUUUGGAUUGUACUUAUAAUAAUCUGAAAGAGACUACAUUGCCUGGAAAUUUCUUUAUGAUGGAAAGCCUCAGAGCUCUUUAUUUGGGAGACAAUGACUUUGAAUAUCUUCCGGCUGAGAUUGGAAAUUUGAAAAAUCUGCAGAUUCUAUCAAUGAGGGAGAAUGAUCUAAUUGAAGUACCACGAGAGUUAGGCCAGUUGACAAGAUUGAGGGAGUUACAUUUACAAGGAAAUCGACUUGUUGUGUUGCCACCAGAAAUAGGGUUCUUGGAGCUUGCAAGUAACAAGUCAGUGCUACGGCUUGAAGGGAACUUUUGGGUUCCUCCCAUCGAAGAUCAGUUAAAACUUGGACCCUCUCAUGUGCUGGACUAUCUUCGUUCGGAGACGUAUAGAGUUCUAUACAGCCGACACAUGUCUGCAAAGCCACCUCCGCCGCCUCAGACGCUUGACAAAAGCAAGAAAGCAAGCCGAAUGCGAUAACUAUAGCAGUAUUAAGAAUAUUUCUAAACAAAAUUAAUGAUCAUUAACAUCCACCGGUUCAGACCAAAAUAUUUUCGGCAGGUUCACUGUAACACCUAAUUUCUGAAUUAUUUUUACUCAAUCAAUUUUUUCAUAAAAUUCGCAUUUAAGUAAUAGACAAGACCUUGUCAAACUGACAAGACUUGACAACUGAGUUUAUGACUUAGAAAUUGACAGAUGCCAAAAUGGCUUGAAUGUAUUGUGUUGUGUUCUAAUUGAAUAUGCUUUAUACUAAUUUAUAUUUAGGGUAAGAUAAAAAAUAUAUUUUUGUUAAUUAAUAAACGAUUUUUGUAUGAAAAACGUCUUAAAGUUUUUGUCUUAAUUAUAAUUUUGAUUAAAAUAAAAUAUGUAUUUGUUAUUAUUAAGUAAACAAAUGUUAUAUAAACAAUAUCGCACUUAUGAAACAUGGACUACAUUUUGUUGUUACCAUGGUAAUAUAUCUUUAAAGUUAGAUUAUAUACAGUCGAAACAAAUUAUAUAGUUUUUAAAAUAAGAAUGUGCCAUAAAAUUUGUGUAAGUACAUCUGGAGCGUGUUAUCUGUGCAAGCUUGUGUAUUUCUAAAUAACUAAUUGUUUUCUUAUAGUUGGUUAAAAAUAAAACAAAAUUCAAUUUAAUUUUUUAAUCAAACUAGGAAAACAGUCUUAUAAAAAUAUAUUUCACACAUUAUACAA